CCUCCACUCUUGUUUACUGUCGCGGGACUUGUGGCUAACUGGAGCAAACAUGGUGAAAUUCCUGUGAAACAUGAUCCGAUCUCGAGUUGUUUCACUCCAGAAGUUUAUUUAAGUUCCACCCUGGGAUAAGAUAACGUGACAGUCCCGCUGCUGCGUCGUUUGAGGCCAAGAUGAUCGAGGUGGUGGCCUCCAUGGCCCGAGGUCCCGUGUUUCUGGCCGGGGAGCUCAUGGAGUGUCUCAUUACUUUCACCAACCCCAUGUCGCACCUCUCCACCUCGGCCAGCAGUGAGAUGUUGGCGUGGGCCAGUGCACAGAUUCACUGUCAGUUUCAUGCCAGUGAGAACAGGGUGGCACUGCCGGCCCAGGGCAACAAACAGGACGUCCAGGCUGAGAGCGACACAGUGCUCAUUCCAAGCAGAGCUUCCCUGCAUCAUGUGGAUUCUCUGCAGCACUUAUUCUUUUCCUCUGCAGGAGAGCGAGGACAGUGUGUGCUGGACACACCACCUAAGAUACUGUUCUGUGACCUACGUCUGGACCCCGGGGAGAGCAAAACCUAUUCGUACAGUGAAGUCGUGCCCAUAGACGGUCCUCCUAGUUUCCGUGGUCAGGCGGUGAAAUACGUCUACAAACUGACCAUCGGCUGCCAGAGAGUCAACUCGCCCAUCAAACUACUGAGAGUUCCCUUCAGAGUGCUGGUGCUGCAGGGCAUGCCGGAGCCUCCAUUUCCCCAGGAUGAGGAAGUGUCCCCUUCGAACCCUUUCCUAGAGGAAGAGGAAGCGAGCCGCAGGGAUGCUCGUCCUUUGGAGAGAGCACUGGACAUGCUCAUGGUCACCACCUCCAGACGAUGCCCACACAUGUUCAACAUCACCAAUAUGCGAGGAAAAGUGGCAAAGUUCUGCAUCUUCAAGACUGUUUACAGACUCGGGGAGGACAUCGUCGGCACAUUCAACUUCUCCGAGGGUGACAUCCCCUGCUUACAGUAUUCAGUGAGCCUCCAGAGUGAGGAGGAGAUCCAGCAGCAGUACCAGCGGCGUCCUGGCCAGGCAGUCAGCGUGACCGGACAUGGGCGACAUAUGGAGUCGUGCCUCCACACGGCCUCCAGCCACUUCUCCCUCCCCAUCCCCCUCAACGUCACACCGGGUUUCAGCACAGACAUAGUAUCUCUUCGGUGGCGCCUGCACUUUGAAUUCGUCACGGCCGGGGAGCCUAUGGAACCACCCACCGUUCUGCAGAACCAAUCAGAGGUCACGGUUUGGGCCGGGGCGGAGCACGUGGAUGUGGACACCUUCAGCUGGGAUCUGCCGAUCAAAGUCCUGCCCACCAACCCGGCCUUGGCGUCCUACAUGUCCCAGUUUACAGGGACCAACAGGAUUAAUAUUUGACUGUGACAUGAUCUGGAGUUGAAAAUGUGUGUUUGACGUAUCGACAGUGUGUGUGUGUGUGUGUGUGAGUGAGUGAGUGAGUGAGUGAGUGAGUGAGUGAGUAAGAGAGACGGAGAGAUUGACAAACUUGUUUGUUUCUCUCCAGAUGUGGAACAUAAGCAGAGUUGUGCACAUUCCUGGAAUAGAGAGUGUUUUUUUGUGUCAUUGAAUAUGCAGAGUAAGUGAUGGACUUAUAUGUAAAGUAUGCAUUCUGUAAUUUGCCUUUGUCUUGUGCAUUUCUUUUAUGCAUCCUAAUGUUAAAGUUAUAUUUUCCUUUUUAGGAAGACUGACGCACAUAAACUGUGUGAAGUGCAACUCUCUCUGUGGUUGUUGUGCGUGUCUGUAUUUAUUUCAGGUUUUUUUUCUUAUUGUCUCGGACACUUUAUUUCUGAUUUUAUGAGACAGCUUUUUCUUAUCCAUGAUAUUUUUACAGUUUAACCGUUUUUGUUUUAGCUUCAAGGGCUGAACGGAGGACUGUACUGAGGUGUAUGUACUACAAGAGAAAUUAAAAGUGUGAUUAAAA